GCCUGUUAUUGAUUAUUUGUAGCUUUUUCAGAGGACCGAAUGUCUUUAACUAAGUACUGGUCCUAAGAAGAAGACCAAAGAAAUGAAGCCGGGCUUAAAUCACAGCAUAAAUCGUUGAAACCUGCCUUUGUCAGCUCAUUAUCUUUAGAUAGUGUUCAUUAUGUCUUGCUUGCCAUCCUGCCGCCUGAUCUUCAUCGUAGUAACUAUACUCCAACAUGUUUUGCCAUCUUCAAGUCUUACCAAAUCCAAAGAGGAUCUCAGAGCUGAGGUCUUGGAAAUGAUUCACCAUGCCUAUGACAAUUACAUGAACCAUGCCUAUCCUGGAGACGAGUUAAUGCCGCUUAGUUGUUCGGGAAGAGUACGAGGUUCGACCUCGAGUCGCGGUGACAUUGACGACUCGCUUGGAAACUUCGCGUUGACCUUAGUAGACUCACUAGAUACACUUGCGGUCAUCGGAGAUAUUGACCGAUUCGAAAAGGCAGUGCACAAAGUCAUCACAGAGGUCAAAUUUGACUCUAAUUUGGUCGUUUCUGUUUUCGAAACUAACAUCAGAAUAUUGGGAGGACUAAUAGGAGGUCAUGUAAUGUCGAAGUUGAUGAAACAUGAAAAUGUGGGGAUGCAAUGGUAUAAAGAUGAACUACUUUAUAUGGCUAUUGAUAUUGCGAAUAGGUUGCUGCCUGCUUUCAACACGACAACAGGAGUUCCUCAUUCAAGAGUAAAUUUGAAGUACGGUUUUCAUCAUCCAAAAGCCGCGGUUAGAGAUGAUGGCACAACCUGCACUGCUUGUGCUGGAACGUUUUUAGUCGAGUUCGGAGCACUGAGCCGACUGAUGGGAGAUUCGGUCUACGAGAAUAAAGCACGAGAAGCGGUCGAUUACAUUUGGUCUAAACGAAGCAUGACAUCUGAUUUAGUGGGAACCAUAAUGAACAUCAAGACUGGAGAGUGGAUCAAAAAGACUUCAGGUCUCGGAGCAGGAAUCGACUCGUACUAUGAGUACAUUUUCAAAGCGUAUGUUUUACUCGGAGAUACUUCUUUUUUGGAUAGAUUCAACAAGCAUUACAAAGCGAUCAAGAAAUACAUACACGAUGGGCCGCUAUUACUUAAUGUUAAUAUGCAAAAACCAGACAUAAUUUCAAGGUCGCAUGUCGAUGCGCUGAGCGCAUUUUGGCCAGCAAUCCAGGUCAUGAAAGGUGACCUUAAAUCUGCUAUUGGAGUGCAUGAAAUCUUUUAUCAAGUCGUAAAGCUGCACAAGUUUCUACCCGAGGCUUUCAACUCAGAUUUCAAAUUGGUCUGGAAUCAUCAUCCAAUUAGACCAGAGUUUGUAGAAAGUACUUACUUUUUGUAUAGAGCAACUGGCGAUUCGCACUACUUAGAUGUAGCAGAAUAUAUGAUACAAGCAAUUCAGAAUUUCACACGUGUGCCCUGUGGCUUCGCGGCCAUUUCGAAUGUGAAAACAGGAGUCAAAGAAGACAGGUUCGACUCAUUUGUUCUUGCCGAGACUUUCAAGUAUCUCUACUUAAUUUUCACAGACGACGACCAGCUGUGGUUUAACGUGGAUGAUUUCAUUUUCACCACAGAAGCACACUUGGUUCCAAUGAACUGGAAGGCACCCUAUUUGGCCAAUAAUUCAACGUCUCGUUUUCAGAAGUCUCACAAUUCGAGGUCAAGCGGACCUGUACUCCCAGGAGCGAGAGUAGAAAACGAGGAGAUUAGUUUGGACAAUACCUGUCAUAACUACAAUUUCAUGAAUAACCCGUUUUAUGCUUUCAACGUCCGCAAAUCGUUUUCAGGAUUUGUUGGACGUGACAAAACGUUGACCAACAUAGAUCCGAUGUGUAUACAGCCGCAAGUUAUCCAAGCCAACACAAAGACACAUCAGCUGAAUUUCAGACCUACAAGCAUGCCGAAGGUUCAGAUCAUAAAGUCUGACAAUAUGAAGCCGACUCCAAUCGAUUUCGUGCCUCUCGCGGCUCGUGAUUUUGACUCCACAAAGUCAGCGCAUUACGAGACACUUCGCAUGAUGGGAAUCGAAGUUAUGGCCGACACUGAUGGGAAUCUGCAACUAAGACACACAUAUCAAAACGCAUACAAUCCCUCAUUAGCGCAGCUGGGAUUGAACUUCAUAGCUGAAGCAUGGAAAAUCAACGAAGAGGCAAAAACUGGUCCAAAAGAGGCUAUCGUUCAAAUUCUGUCGGCGCCUUACCACGGAUCAAUGUUUUUCAAAGUGGGAUCUGCCCUUUUCGGUUAUAAUUUAGCGGAAGAAAAAGAAAUUGCGAGUUACGUAAUGAUCGCCAAACCUUUUGAUGCGUGCUCAAUUGCCGAUGGACAUAACGUAGAAGGCUAUAUUGUGCUAGCCUUGAGAGGAAACUGUCUUUUUGCUGAAAAAGCCCGAACUGUAGAGGAGAAAGGAGGAAUUGGACUGAUAGUAAUUGACAGUGUAGAGUCCACCAGUGUCUUAACCCACGAAUUGUUCACGAUGUCUGCCGAUACCAAUCCAGAUCCAAUAAACAUUCCAGCUGUUUUUGUUUUACAAAAGGAGGGUCUCGCUUUACUUGCACUGCUUAUAAACGAAGGACCUCUUUACGUGCGAUUAGCUAUACAAGCUGAAUACUACCAAGUCCUGUCUCAGUUUUAUGAGCUAGAUGGUUCCUUCGAUACUUUCACAGACUUGCAGCAGUUGCAUUUGUAUGCUCAGAGUGCACUCGGAGACGACUUGGCGGUGCAGCAUUUCGAAGCCAGUGCCGAGGUAGUGCAAUCAAUAAAAGCGCCUGCAGGUUCUGAUAUCCUGGACGAAAAAGCAGAUGUAUUGGAACCUUCAGUGACAAGCGAUGUUGACAACGAUCCAUCCAUUAGUCAAUACCCAGCAGGAAUUGAGACUCCCCUAGAAGAUGAUGAAGAUAAUGAGAACGAAGAAAAAUCUGCCGGGACAAGGAAAUCUGCAAUCCUUGUAAAACCGUAUAUUCCCGGCGAAAUUCCGAUGACCGGAAGUAGUAUGGAAAAUGACCCCUCAUUAACGCCUGUUCCGUUUGCAGUUGCCAAAUCUCUUAUCACAAAACAUAUUAUAAUCGAGGGUGAGAAUGUGCCAACAGAACAGGAAAUGUCAGAGUCAAAUUUGAAAGACCCAUUGGCGGCUGUAUUUUACAGCCAAAUUCCGACACUAGGGAUGAAAGUGACAUGGUUUUCAAUAUCAGGGUCAUCAGCCGUUACGCUCUUAGAUCACAUCCAGCGUGAACACAAAACGAUAGUGAGGAGCUUCAGAAAUCAGAAGUUUACGAAGAUCAAGAUUGAUAGAAUGGAUAACGGAGUUGCUCGGUUGACAGGAAUUGCCAAUUUGGACCCAAAAAAUGAAUCUAGUGACCAAACGUUAAACUACGACCAGGAUAAAGUUUUAGCUGAACUUAUGGGCGAAAUAGUCGAAUCAGUAAAUGUGGAUAUUUUCACCUCCAAAGUCACAGUGAACUAAUUUGCUAACCAAGUUUGAUGAAAUUGUUGACGAUGAAAAAGCUGUAGUGCAAAUUAGUUGUUUAUGAGAGCCUUUAUUUUGGUUAGUAAAUAAUAUGUACUAAGAAAAAGGGGUUAACUAUUUAACAGAGAGUAGCUAUGUUAUUACAUGAACUGGUAUGACAGGAGACGCACUUGCAUUAGUUUAGUAGACAACUGUUUAGGCUUAUUUUCAACGCCUAUGCAGUUACUCAUUUCGGGGGUGUGCAAUAGUAAAUAACAAUUGACGUGUGGUAUUAUCGCCAGAUUUUUAAUCUAUGUAAAGAAAGGCCAUUUAAUGUGAAUAUUUGAAAAGUAUUUAUCUGCCUUUUAUUGAAUUUUCUCUGAAAUUAAUUUUUCAUUUUCAGU